CCGAGUCAUAACCAAUCAUUACAAACACGAAACCACCUGCUGGGAUUGCGACCCUGAUAUAUUUAGUACAACUGUUAUCAUUAACAACAAAGUCGUUGUAGUAUAGUGGUAAGUAUUCCCGCCUGUCACGCGGGUGACCCGGGUUCGAUACCCGGCAACGGCGCACUAUUUUUAUUAUCAAGACAUAUCUCUGCGAUGCAUUUGAGGGUUUUUUGAAGAUUGCUCCACCAUUGCUCAAAGUUCGCUUCAAAGACGGAAAAUUCGGUGUACUAAUGUAAAUCGAUUCACCUAAUCAUUCUUCGUCACCGUCUACCACUAUUUCUGCAAGUCUCCCAUUUUAGUUACUCUCGCUGAUUUAGAGUCUAGAAUUCAGUUUCUUUUCUUUUUCUUCUUUAAGGGUUUCUCUUGGAUUUAACAAAAAAAAAAGUAUGGAUAGAAUCAGUGAUCUACCAGAUGAGAUUCUUCACCACAUUGGUUCCUUUCUCUCCGCAAAGGAAGCUGCUUUCGCUACUCUUCUCUCAAAACGGUGGCGUACUCUCUUCAUCAUCAUACCAAACCUUCACUUCAGUGGCUCACUUACACGUGCAGCAGGAGGACGUUUCAAGGAUUUUGCGGAUGGAGUAUUGGCUCUACCUGUCAGCUCUCGCGUCAGGACAUUCUCUCUCAAAUUUAACAUGUCGCUCGGUGCGAAGACCUUAUCAACCGUUGUCUACGUCACGUGUUUUCAAGAACCAAAACACCACGGUUCAACACGUGACGGAGACUACAUGUUUGGGAAAUGGUGCUCCACCGUGUCUAGUACGACCCUUAAGAGACUUACUAUUCGACGUAGGGAGUGGUUUUCUUAUGAUGAAACUGACGAGGAGAACAUUAGAGUUGAUUCUCGGUGUCUUACCCAUGAGUUUGAUUACGUUAGCUUCCAUACUCCUGCUCUAACCUACUUGGAGUAUUCUGACUAUGUUCCCAAGGAGUAUCUAAUUGUUAAUCUCAACUCCCUUGUUGAAGCUAAUCUCAACCUUUGGGUUGAUGAGGAAGGUGUCUGGAGGCCUUACCAUGCAACUACUUUCAAUCCCAUGACUCUUAUUAAUGGUUUAAAAAACGUUGCGAUUUUGAGCUUAACCAGUGAAGCUGUGGAGAUGUUUGAUGUCUUGAAUGAAUCAAUCCCAAUGUUUGUAAUGGUGUCUCAGUUAUCUCUUGGCCUUUCUGAACGAUGUUGGUUUUCUCUAACAAAUGUGAUAAAGAAAUUUCCAAAUCUAAAGACUCUCAUCAUCGAGGGUUCCGUGCACUAUGAUUAUUCAGAGUAUUCUUGCCUAUUGUCUUGUCCGGUGGAGGUCCUGAAGAUAAACGAGUACUAUGGUUCUGUCAACGAGCUUGAACAAACGAAUCAUUUCUUGGGAAAGUUGCCACGCCUUGAGCUGGUGGAGGUUUGUGCUCAGGAGACAUCUAGUGAAGCAAAGCUGCAAAAGUGCAAAUCAUGGCCGAGCUACUAAUGAUUCCAAGAGCUUCGUCCAAGUGCAAAAUCCAGGUCGAGUUUUUUCCAGAUAGUUAGUUACUAGGACUAGCAAAAUCUAAUGUUUUCUACUUUUGGUUAAGUAUGUUUGGAAGUUGUUGGAUACAUGAUGUAUGUUGGUUCAGCUAGGAUUUGUCAUUAGGAUACAAUUUAGUCCUAAGUAUUGUUGACAUAAGAAGACCUUGUUUGUUUUGUUUCUUCA